AUGUCAAACUUGACUUAUAAGUGUUUGAUGGAAACACACAAGCUGACUGGGUCAGAUUUCACGGAUUGGCUCCGUUGUUUGCGCUUGGUGCUAAGGCAUGACAAAAUUGAUUAUGUCUUGGACAAACCAAUUGGUGUCGUUCCCAGUAAGGAAUCCGCUGAGUUUGCUACGUUUGACGCAGCUGCUCAUGAGAAACAUGUUGAAAAUGCAAAUGAUGCUCAGUGCAUCAUGCUGUCAUCCAUGAGUUUGGAACUUCAAAGACAACAUGAGCACAUGUUUCCAUAUGAGAUGCUUAAACACUUGGAGAGUUUUUAUGCUUCACAAGCUCAAACUAUGGAGUAUGAGAUACUUCGUGAUCUCUUCAAGUGCAAGCUUCAUGAUGGAGGCAAGGUUUCUGAGCAUGUGCUGAAAAUGAUUGGUUUGAUUGAGAGGUUAGCAACAAUUGGAACGGUGCUUCCCGCAAAUGUCUCAACAAAUCUAAUUCUUCAGUCUCUUCCUAGUCAAAUCUGUGCUCAUGGUGAGCUCUUCUGCGAAGUCUUCCAAAUGGAAGAAUAA